AUUUGUUAUACAUAAUACAUGUGUAUAAUUGUACGAUAAGAAAUAAAAACUAAGGAGAAAAAAAAUGUUGCCUGAUUGUCUGUCUCCCCUUUCACACAUACAUCGUGUUGGGUAUUAUUACCAAGUUGACAUUACACAUGUCACACCGGCCCCUGUCCUGCUUAUAUAUCGCUGUGUUUUAACAAUAAUUUUUUAUGAAGGACAUGUCUGUCACCCCUCUCACACGCCAGGAUGGACCGUUUAUGACACGAGUUAACAACAAGUAGACAUCGUGUCGGGUAUUAUUACAAAGUUGAUAUUACACAUGUCACACUGGUCACUGUCCUGCCAAUAUGUCCGCGUUUUACAAUAAUUCUCAGGAAGGACAUGAUUAUGUAUAAAAAAGAACAACUCACCAACCCAGCCUCAUUCAUAUAUCGUGUCUCAUGCUCUUUGGAUUUAUUUUAAUAAUAGUAUACGCUCUAGAGUUAUUUACUAUUUUUGGUUCCGUGUUAAUAACAUUGUACAAUUAGAAGUGAAUAUAGUUGGAUUAUUUAACACACACAAUGGCACUGUGGAAACUGACUCGCACUGACAAUCAUUUUCUGGUUCGAUACCUGGAGGACAGCAAAGUGCAAGUGAGAUCGAAAGGACAUUUCAAAGAUGUUACAGAUGAGAUCUUGGUGGGUAGCAGAUACCAAGUUCAGUGGGGAAACGCCAGACAGGUAACCCAAGCAGUCGUUCUGGCGACGGGUGCGCAAAACGACAUGAAAGCCAGGGAGGCACAGAAUCCAUCAGUGGCCGUGGCCGCUCCAGCCGCCCAGUCGACUAAACCACCGGUAAAACGACCCAGGGUUCAAAAAAACGAAAAAGGGAAGGAGUUGGCGCGCAUGGUUGCUGUAGGCCAGGGACAGGUGGCAGCGCCGAUCGGUCCAGAGGGAGUGCCCGCACCUGUUGCUGUUGCGCUGCCAGCGACGGUGUCCCUUAUUGUACCCGCUCCUACUACGCCGUCUGGCCCGUCAGUGGAGGUUCCCGUCACGGUUGCGCCGUCCUUACCGGUGACUGCGCCCGCCCCGAGUGUACCCGCUCCAACUACGCCGUCUGGUCCAUCAGUUGAAGUUCCCGUCGCGGUUUUGAUGUAUGCUCGUCACGUGACUGCGCCCUCUGAUUCGACCACGCCCUCUGUUCAGGUGUCAGAGGAAGUGCCAGGAACAACACCGACCAUACGCAGGCCUACCAUCAGAAUCCAGCGUCAAUCUGACGACACAGUGGCGGCGGUCUUGACGGGGGUCCAGGCCUUGCUGGUCGCCCAAAAUACUAAGUUUAGUAAACGAUUUGACGCACAGGCUAUGAUGAUACAGGACCUACACAGUGAAGUGCGGGACCUUUGCCACCAGGUGCAUGCAUUACAAACCCUCUACCACCGUGCGGUUUCGUCGGAACCGUCACCUCCACAAGAGACAGUGGUAGACUUUUGAUUUGAUUCCACUUAGUUUAUGUAGGGUUACAUUUGUGUAUGUUUACAUGUAUAAACAAUGCAUUUUAAAAUAGUCAAACUUCAUAAAGGCAAUAUAUGUGCACAUUUAUGCAGAAACAAUAUUAAACUAGUAGAAUUAAUUUUGUUGAAACAUUUGUACCAAUUGCAAGGGAAGUAAUGGAAAAUACAUGUACAUGUAGUGAGAAGUAAUUAAAAAUAGUAAAAAGUUCUCUCCCUUUGUCAAAAUAUGCCUCAAGUGGAAAUGGGGAAAAGUGUGUAGUAUAUAAAUAUUUUAUGCAAUAUUGGGAGUAAAAUUUUAAUCUUAGAAUUUCAUUCAAUAAUUUUAUUUGAAAUAUUUUUUUAUUUAUUUUAUUUUUAUGAAGAUAAACAGUAAACUUUUGAAAAGCUAUAAAACAUCACGGAGUGUAUAUCUAGAGUCCGUGGAAACAUAUACCAAUUUAAUCAUGCCAGGUGCUAAUUUUUCCCAAAAUCGAUAGGCUAUGG